AUGAUCGACCACAUUUCCAAAAGAAAAACAAUGCAGAUCUUUGUAAAAACCCUUACGGGGAAAACAAUCACGUUGGAGGUCGAAGCCUCUGACACGAUUGAAAAUGUUAAAGCGAAGAUUCAAGAUAAAGAGGGCAUUCCGCCAGACCAGCAGCGUUUGAUUUUCGCCGGAAAACAGUUAGAAGAUGGCCGUACUUUAUCGGACUAUAACAUCCAGAAGGAAUCUACACUUCAUUUGGUGUUGAGGCUUCGAGGAGGUACUAUUGAGCCAUCCCUUCGUAUUUUGGCUAUGAAAUACAACUGUGACAAGAUGAUCUGCCGAAAAUGUUAUGCUCGUCUUCAUCCCCGUGCUACCAAUUGCCGCAAAACCAAGUGUGGACACACCAACAACCUGCGCCCUAAGAAGAAGCUUAAAGAU